AUGGGUUCCAGAAAGCAGAGUUCUGAUAAUUGUGAACAACAAUGUGUAGAAGAAGACAACUUUAAAAAAGCAACAGGAGGCCCCAAAAAGAGAAGUAAGAUGAGAAGGGCCGCCUCAGAAAAGAAGACAGCUAGUCUUCAGCAGAAGAAUCUUGAGCCAGCUCCCGCGGGCAGAUGUGGAGGUCCCUCUGCUGAGAAUCCUCCUUCAAGAUCUGUGAGGAAGACCAGAAAGAAGAAACAGAAAAAUUCUGGAAAUAGAAAUGCUGGUAGUACUAGCAAAGAAGCUCAGCCACCUUCGAGGAAGAGGGCCGGGGCAGAUCCUACUAUAGAAAAGAAGAAAGCAUUUGAGAAGUGUGUGAAGGUUAAGGGGAAGAUCCCUAAAGAAUUAAAAGCAUGGCUUAUUGAGGACUGGGAUUUAGUUACCAGGCAGAAGCAGUUGUUCCAGCUCCCGGCUAAAAAGAACGUAGAAGCCAUUUUGGAUGAAUAUGCAAAUUACAAAAGACAUGAAAGAAAUGUUGACCACAAGGAGUGUGCGGUUAAUGAAGUUGUGGCGGCAAUAAAACAGUACUUCAAUGUGAUGUUGGACACGCACUUGCUCUACGAAUUUGAGAAGCCACAGUAUGCUCAGAUUCUCAUGGCUCACCCUGAUGUGCCGAUGUCCCAGAUUUAUGGUGCACCCUACCUACUGAGAUUAUUUGUAAAACUCUGCGAAAUUCUGGCUUUAAAGCCCUUUGAUGGAAAGAGCCUGUCAUUAUUGCUGGGCUAUCUGCAUGAUAUCCUAAAAUACCUGGCAGAGAAUCGGUCAGCCCUUUUUACUGCAAAUGAUUACAAAGUGCCUUCAGGCGAGUACCAUCAUGAAGCCCUGUGA